CAGGGCGAAGCAGCAGAGAGAAGAAUACUCUGUUACAGACUGGAAUGUACAGAGGAGGCGCACACGCUUACUUACGCGGAGAUUUGCUCCGUAAACAACAGAUGAACCAGAGUGUGACGCACGGCAAUAACCUGUGUGGAGGAAACGAUGGAUCUCGACAGCAUUCAAUACAAGCCACACCCUGCAGAGGAUUUCCCCAGUUGGUCUGGUAAGCCUCUCUCCCAAAAAUUGAACUCUGCUGAGGCUUACCGUUCCUUAUGGAACACAGACUUCAAAGAACUCUCUUUAAGCGAUGAUGAGCCAAGCCUGAACAGCCUUGCCGUCCCAGCCAGAUCUCAGAAAGGAGCACACACGAAUGAUAGGGUGAACCAAGACCACUGCCAGUCUCCCAGAGAGGGGCAGGGGUGUGUGGAUACAGCGCUGCUAGAUCCUAACGAGCUUCAGAUGCAGGUGGAUUUUUUCCGUAAACUUGGCUACUCCUCAGAUGAGAUCAGAGCUGUACUCCAGAAACGGGGCUUGAAUGCUGACACGAACACUGUGUUGGGGGAGCUGGUCCGGUUUGGGGCAACAGCUUCCGAAAGGGAGAUGGUCCCAACAACCCCCCCAGGACCUACAGUGGUGUCCCGAGAGGAGAAUUAUCCAGCCGUGCCAGGUACACCGCCCCCCUCACAAGAGGAUGAAAGGGACGAGGGAAGUCUGUUAAGACCAGUGGUUAUUGAUGGGAGCAACGUGGCUAUGAGGUACAGUAUUUCCAGAUCUAUUUUCUUAAAAAAAAAAAAAAAAAAAAAAAAAGUGUAAAUUCUAUCAAUAACCUGAAAUAUCUGCAUUUAUGUUUGCAUGGAAUGAGUACAAGUGCAAAAAAAUCUCCCAGUAUACAGAAAGACAGGGAAAAAGUUAUCCUUACUUUCAAAUCCAAAUCUUAAGCUUUCAAUUUCUUUGAUGGGAUGGUUUGAUUUCAGAAAUUCAAGUUGGCGUAUGAGACGCCACCGGCGAUACUCCAGGGUGUCGUUGUACCAAGUUCUCUCCUUGUACAUUUUGCAUCAUGGCAAUAUUCCUUAUGGCUCCCACAUAACAAAUAGGUUUAUACGCGGGACAAUUCUCGCAGCUAAAAAAAACCGUAAUACAACUUGCCUGACCCAUCCAACAAAAUUAAGAACAAGAAAUGUCACUGCAAAGAGCAGAGUAACAGUUAAGUGAAGAUACACAGGUUCAGGAGCAUCAUUUGUAUUCAGGCUGUAUUCUCUUCAUUAACGCAUCGCUUUCUUUAUAUUUAAACAUCAGGCAGCUGUAUUUUAUUUUAACGUUGCCUAAUAAAAGCUACAGUAAUGCAACAUUGUGUG